CAAACUUCUCCCAUGAUGCGUACCAUUUAAAAAUGUCUGACCGUCCGUCUGUGGUCUCUAGGAUUACCCCUGCUGUGGUGCUAGUUUUUAGCGGAAAAAGAAAGUCUGGAAAAGAUUUUAUUACGGAAAUCAUACAGAAAAGACUAGGAUUUGAAGUAUGUAGCAUUAUGCGUUUGUCAGGGCCGCUGAAAAGUCAGUAUGCUAAGGAACACCGUCUAGAUGCAGAUAGACUUUUAGAUGCCACCUCAUACAAGGAGCACUACAGAGCAGACAUGAUUAAAUGGGGCGAAGAAAGACGCCAAAAAGAUCCUAGUUACUUUUGCAGGCUAGCAACAGAGGGCAUGUCUGCUUUGAAACCAGUAUGGAUUAUAUCUGAUGCCAGGAGAAAAACAGACAUUGAAUAUUUUAAUAGUUUUUACAAAGAACAAACUCUGCUCAUUCGUGUACAAGCCAAGGAAAGUGUGAGAAUGGACAGGGGAUGGAAGUUUACGUCAGGGGUAGAUGAUGCAGAGUCGGAAUGUGACUUGGACAGUGGCAUUACCUGGCAUAUGAUCAUUGACAAUAAUGGUCAGGAGGAGCAGUUAAACAUCCAUCUACAAACUUUGAUAGAUAAAAUUAAUAACAAACUUCAGUCACAGGAUAGUUGACACCUAUACAAAGUCCUGUCAUGAUAUUUUUAAAUAUUAAAAUACAAAAUUCCUACCAUCCACUGAAACAGUAGUUUUCUUUAUCUAUCUAUCUAUCUAUUCUAUUUUUUUCUCUCCAGGCUGUUUAAUUUAGGGUUUUUUGGUUUUUUGAAACGAAAAAUAUGUAUUCAUUUAAUUUUUUUUCCAAAAAUAAAUGUAGUUUUGUAUGGUGAUGAGGUUAAUCUUUAAAGGACAGAUACAGUGUUUAAACAUAUAACUGUCACCUGUGUCUAUCUUUCAGUGCAUUGUGUUUCAUUAUCUCAGUUUUAAUUUCUACUAUUGUGAGGGUUUGAGAGGGGUUUGAGAAAUGAAACAUUUUUGUAAAAAAUGGUCAUUGCCAACAACUACAUUAAGGUAAUUAUAAACAAUUAAACAUCAA